AUGGAUACGCUCGGCAAACUAAGGGUUCAUCAGCUGAAGGCUGAGCUGUCGAGAAGAGGUGAAGAUAGUAGAGGACCUAAGGCGGUGCUGAACAAGAAAACAGAACACAAAAACAAGAAGAAAGAAGAACACAAGAACAAGAAGAAAGAAGAACACAAGAACAAGGAGAAAGAAGAACACAAGAACAAGAAGGAAGAAGGACACAAGAAGAAGAAGAAGAAAGAGCACAUGAUCAAAGAAGAACGCGUGUUCAAGAAAGAGCACAAGAACCAAGAAGAACACGUGUACAAGAAGAAAGAGCACAAGAACCAAGAAGAACACGUGUACAAGAAGAAAGAGCACAAGAUCCAAGAACACGUGUACAAGAAGAAAGAGCACAAGAUCCAAGAACACGUGUACAAGAAGAAAGAGCACAAGAUCCAAGAACACGUGUACAAGAAGAAAGAGCACAAGAACCAAGAAGGACACGAGUACAAGAAGAAAGAGCAUACGAACAAGGAAGAAAAGCACAAAAUCAAGAAAGUGAACGAAGGAGAGCAAGCAGGGAUGAGCCUGGAGCUCAGCAGCACGGGGACUCCACACAGGCUCUCCUAG